GCGACGCCAGCGCCGCCCACCACUCCUCAUUCUCCCAGCAUCAUCCUGCUGCCGCGCACCCCAGCUUAGCUUCCGCCCGAAGAAGCCGAUGGCCAUGGCCACGCAAGCCUCCGCCGCGACGCGCCACCUGCUGGCGGCGGCCUGGUCACCGGCGAAGGCGCCGCGGUCGUCCCAGCUGGCGCUCCCGUCGUCCUCCCGCGGGCCGGCCCCGCUCCGCGCGGCAGCCGAGGAGCCCGCGGCGGCGGCGGCGACCGAGGAGGCCCCCAAGGGGUUCGUGCCCCCGCAGCUGGACCCCAACACGCCGUCCCCGAUCUUCGGCGGCAGCACGGGGGGCCUGCUCCGCAAGGCGCAGGUGGAGGAGUUCUACGUGAUCACGUGGACGUCCCCCAAGGAACAGGUGUUCGAGAUGCCCACGGGCGGCGCCGCCAUCAUGCGGGAGGGGCCCAACCUCCUGAAGCUGGCGCGCAAGGAGCAGUGCCUGGCGCUGGGCACCAGGCUGCGCUCCAAGUACAAGAUCAACUACCAGUUCUACCGCGUCUUCCCCAACGGCGAGGUCCAGUACCUGCACCCCAAGGACGGCGUCUACCCGGAGAAGGUCAACGCCGGCAGGCAGGGCGUCGGGCAGAACUUCCGCAGCAUCGGAAAGAACGUCAGCCCCAUCGAGGUCAAGUUCACCGGCAAGAACACCUUCGACCUGUGACUGUCAUGUGCUACUACUAUCCAGCUGUUGGGUGCGUGGUUGAUGGAUCGGAAGGGUCGGUCGAUGUGUAAUUUUACUAUCAAGCUUUCCUUGGUGAUUGUGGAGAUGAUACAUGCAUGGAACCCCUUAAUUAUAUGUACAUGUUGAUUUACUGUUC